CCUGUUGUUAAUAGAAAAAGAUUAUAGUGAAACUCAGUUAUCAUGAAUGAACGUGGCUAUUUUGAUUUUAAAAGACCCAUUGGAUCACAUAAUGACUAUCGUACAUCCACUUAUAGAGGCCAUUUGAUAUUACCUAACGAGGAUUCUAGAUUCAUAAAUCACGACUUCUCCAAGGAUUACACACAGUUUCUUCAAAGUAUAGGCGACGAUGAAGAGCGGUGCAUAACCGAAAGUCAAGACCAAUUUUCUUGGAAAAUACUGAAACCUUCUGUUGUUGAAAAACCUCUAUCCUCUAAUGGAGUUGACUUCAUGAAAUCAUACGAUGAAACUCAUUUUCACAAUAAUCCUAAACAAAUAACACAUUUGUCAAGUGUUUCCCAAAGAGAUUACCAAUGGAAAUCAAAAUCUUUUCAAGGACAAACCCCACCACCAAUAUACAUAACAUCCGAAACAAAAGCAAAUAAAAAUAUUUCGAUUGAUCGAUGUAGAUCUGGCUUUGGGAAAUUAUUGGAUCCAUCAGCAACAACAAAUACCUUGACUUAUAGAGCUUAUUCCAAAGAAGAAUCAGGUACACCUUCAAAGGGUAUUAUAACUUUUUGGAAUUGGAAAAAUACAUUUGAGAAAAAACAUCCUUUUUGUAAUAUCGCCAAGAAGUGUUCUAAGCCCCAAGCAGAAUUUCGGACCACUGCAAAACAUGCCCCAAAUAACGGUUUAAUAAGUGAGGCCCGAUCUAAUUACAAACAGCACUUGAAUUUUACAAAUUUCGAUUCCUCUCAUAUAAAUACAAAAUUUAUUAGCUGUAGUGGAGAACCAAAUGAUAAAAUGAAAGGUUUUCAGAAAACACGGUUUAUGGAUCGGGAAUACGCCUUCAAAAUUAUUUAG